CUAGGGCGGGCAGUGGGUGGUCAUUUGACGUCUAAUAUUACUGCUCAGAAUCCGAGAGCGGGCAACUUAUAUGGACUCUGCUCAUUAAAUUAGUCAGAUAACUAACUAUUUGGCAAUUCAAGUGAUGUCCAAUAAAUGUUGCAGAUCCCACAGGUCUAUUUAUAUGGACUUUGCUCAUUAAGGAAUCAAGAAUAUAGCAGCAGCACCAGCACAUCUGAAAUCAUGGACAGCAAAAUCAUGAGAGCUGAUAUUCACGACGCGUCGUUUUCUUCUUACCUCAAUGCUUCAGUAGAGAGCUUUGGAAUAAGCUUGGAGAAAACCAAGACAAAAGAGGCUGAUAUCAGUGUCUUUGCAGCUGAAAAGUAUUUCAGCGUGAAAUCGGAUGGUGAGAAGUUGAAAGCUUUAGAUAUUAACGCACCUAGCAUGGGUGGAAUUACGAAGAAGGUGCAGCUUGGUUACCACCAGACCGGACCAAGAAGCAGCAGGCCUGGAACUCCAAGUGUGAGUUCUGAGGCUAGUUGGAACAGUCAAGCUGCUUUGCUACAAUCUUCCUUGAGAAACUCGUCUCAGGGUCAGCAAGAGAAGAUUAGUCGAAGAUAUAUAUUAGCCUGUUUUGGCUGCAACCGUUCUUGUUUGGGUGAAGAUUCCAUUUUUGUCCGUAAAAAUGUUCCUGAAGGAGCAGUUCAUGGACAAGAACUCAUGAAACAAUCCAUCCAAGUUGCUCCUAGUCCUGUCAAGAGGUUCAUCCCUGUGAACAGAGAAAAGCAUUCUGGGAUGCAAAGAUUGAAUAUUAAAAAGCUGUUGAAAGAAGAAAGGAAUGGAGAGGAAGAAGAGCUAGAGAUGUUUGGUUCGAAGAUUAUAAAGAAGGGAGACGUACAAUGGUACCUGGAGAGGAAGCUGUCUAUGUUAACUUGGGAUGCCAUUCCUAAAUCCCAAAACAUCACAAUUAGUUCCGCGAGCAGCCAGCUUUAUGCAGACGUAGAAAGUGAAGGAAGUUCAGAUCUGUUUGAGAUAGAGAAUCUAUCCGGCAGUCGAAAACCCCACUAUGAUUCGAGCUUUAUGACCUCUAUUACGACUACAUAUGAGCCAAGUGAAAAAAGAAGAAUCGAGUGGAGUAUUGCAGCAGCCAGUGUUACAGAUUUCUCCGCUGUCUCGGAUUACUACAAAAUGAAAAUGGCAGGAAGGCCUGAAGGUCCUCGCUUGGCAACAAAACCAAGUGAAUUAGCUGCAACCAAAUCCUUGACGCCGCAAAGAAGCCGCCCAAGCAGCUUACUGGGGUGCAAGAGCCACAAAGCAGUAAGAGUUGCAGAAAAUGCAUACAAAAUCAAAUGAAAAUGCAAAUCCCAGCAACAGCAGAAUCAAAGGACAUAUAAACUGUUUGAUGCCAGUGAGGAAGUCAUGUCAUAAGCUGAUAGAGUAUGGCGAAGCGUGACGGCCGGUGAUUGUGGAUAAACAUAUAGAUAUGGUAGUGGUGUGGAUUCAAAAGGUGAAAUUGUAGCUUAAUCCAUGGAAGUAACUUUUCUUGCUAUUUGUUCUUAAUGUGAAUAAAAAUAUGUUUACAGCUA